AUGGCGAGUGACAAGGUCGAGACGAUGGAAACGUCGCGGCGAUAUUCAUUUCUAGAGAUAAAGGAAGCACAGCGCGUAUGUGGUGAGAAGAUGACGGCAACGGCAUUGCGUGAAUGCGGUUCAGCGUCUGCCGCUCAGCAGCAGAUUUUUCGAGCGCAUGUGAAUGACUUGUGCGCGACAGUUUUUGCCGCAGCACUGCGGAAAUACAACCCAAAGAAUCAAGAGGAGAUGGCGCCUGUGGAUGAAGAGACUGCGAUUAAACUGAAGCAACUGGAAACGAAGCUGAAGGAGAAAGAAUUGGCAGUUAAAAAGCUUCAAGAACGAGUGCCGAGAAUGGCUGCAGCUAAUGCGCGCAGGGAAUUGGCAAUGGCUCGCAAGCGUCAUGCAGAUGUGCACGUGACAGAAUCGGAAUCGAUGAAGAGUGUUGGGGUGGAGUUGACAGACGAGGAAAUUGAGGCACUCAAGGCGGCCUAUGUGAAGACGACGUCUUCGAUUGCAAUUGCUAGUGCCAAGAUGUCUCAAGUGAUGAGCCAGACAACCGAAACUAUUAGUAUAGUGGAACAGGCGAUGAAGCGACCAAAGACGGAAGUCGAUAUUGCUAUGGAAAACAGUCCAGUCAAACCGAAAGCACUUUUGAACGAGCAGGAAAAGUAUAGUCUGCAGCAGCCGUCUCCUCUUCGUACGCGUUUGGCGCUACAGUUUAGCGCGUCCAAAAACGUUUAG